GAGCGGCCCUGACCACAAGGAGCCAAUCAGCGGACGAAAUGCAACUACCUGUAUCCCUGACAGCCAAUGACGUUUAUUCCUUGGCACAGCCAAUGAGCGGCAUGAGGCCUUUGACCAAUCAGGCGCUGUGUCUGCUCCCCACGGCAUGACGAGAAGCCAAUGGUCUUCGGAGAAGGAUUGGUUCUGCUCAACAGCUUGUUAUUUCGUUUAUUGCUUGCAGUUCCGUGCAAGUGGGGAGUUGUAGGAGCCGAGUGUUUGUAGUGAAGACAAAUCUUCGAGCUGGAAUCCCUCAAAUAACCUUCAACGAUGAAGGCAGCGGAUGAGCCUGCCUACCUAACAGUGGGGACUGAUGUCAGUGCUAAAUACCGGGGUGCCUUCUGCGAGGCAAAGAUUAAAACCGUUAAGCGGUUGGUGAAAGUUAAGGUCACUCUGAAACAAGACAACUCGACACAACUGGUACAAGAUGACCAAGUUAAAGGGCCAUUAAGGGUUGGAGCUACAGUUGAAAUGAAAGCCCCUGAUGGAUCCUCCCAGGAAGCAGUCAUAAGUAAGCUGACAGAUGCUAGCUGGUAUACUGUGGUAUUUGACGACGGUGAUGAAAGGACCCUGAGGCGGACAUCAUUGUGUUUGAAGGGGGAAAGGCACUUUGCUGAGAGUGAGACUUUGGACCAACUUCCACUAACCAAUCCUGAGCAUUUUGGCACUCCUGUCAUUGGGAAAAAAACUAACAGGGGAAGAAGGUCGUCUCUUCCAAUGACAGAAGAUGAGAAAGAAGAAAGCAGCAGUGAAGAGGAGGAGGAUGAUUUGAAACGGAUCGGGGAUGAAUUAUUGGGAAAAGUUGUGAGAGUGAACUGCAGCACAACAAAAGAAUGUUACACUGCUGUGGUUGUUUCUCCUAGUUGCAGUGAGGAUACAUCUGUGAAAAAAGACCAGUGUUUAGUCCGAUCCUUCGCGGAUGCAAAAUUCCAUUCAGUUGCAAGAAAAGAUAUUCAAGAGCAUGACAUGGAGGCGCUAAAAUUGGAAAAUGCGGAGAUGCCAGGUAUAAAGGAAGCCAUAGCUUUUUUCAAUUCACGGACAAUACCGAGCAGCUGGAAAAUGGACAUAAGUGAAAUAUUGGAGUCUUCUAGCAGUGAUGAAGACGAUGGGGAUGCAGAGGCGAGCGAUGGCGAACGGAACAAAGAGGAUGAUGAAGCUGAGCCGGAGGUAGAAGCCGACCCAGUUGAAAGGGACAACUUCCUGCAGCAGCUUUACAAGUUUAUGGAAGACCGAGGAACCCCAAUCAACAAGCCGCCAGUAUUGGGUUACAAGGAUCUGAACCUCUUCAAGCUUUUUCGACUUGUAUUUCAUCAGGGAGGUUGUGACAAUAUUGAAAGUGGUGCUGUAUGGAAACAGAUUUAUAUGGACCUUGGCAUUCCUAUUCUGAAUUCGGCAGCAUCCUACAAUGUAAAAACAGCAUACAAAAAGUAUUUGUAUGGGUUUGAGGAAUAUUGCCGUUCUGCAGAGAUUCAGUUUAGGACUAUUCACCAUAAUGAUCCUAGACCAGUAGAGGAGAUCCCAGCAAAGGAAGAACCAAUGGAGAAUAGUGACAAAAUAGAAGACACAGAACCCCCAGUCAACACACCGAUUAAAGAAGUUGAUGACACGGAUUCAACCAGUGAGAAUGAGAAGGAUGAGACGGAAGUCAAAUCACCAAGGGGGAGGCGAAGACUUGCUUGUAACGCAGUUUCAGUCACAGAGGAUAAUGAAGAUUGUGAAAAAAGGAAAGACAACAACAAGGAGAAUAAAGAUGUGGAAGAAGAGUCGGAGUACAGCGAUGAGAAGAAGGAAAAUGACACUACUCCAGGAAGGAGGAGCUUAUCCUGCAAAUUGAAAGAAAGGAGAAGUCAGAGACUAGAAGAGUCUGAUCGGGAGUCUGAAGAGGAGGAUGAACAUUUCUGUGAUAGCAGAGACGAUACAGACCAUAAAGGAGAAAGUGAAGGAGACGAGGACUCAGAUGAUAGUAACUGUCUCACUGGCACUAAAGUGAAAGUCAAAUAUGGACGUGGUAAAACCCAGAAAAUUUAUGAAGCCAAUAUCAAGAACACAGAGGUGGAUGGAGGGGAGUUACUAUACCUGGUACACUAUUAUGGAUGGAAUGUAAGAUACGAUGAAUGGGUAAAAGCUGACAGAAUCAUCUGGCCAACAGACAAAGGUGGAACGAAAAGAAAGCAAAAGAAAAGAAUAAAAAAUAAAGAUGAGAAUGAUGAAAAAAAGGAAGAUGACAGACUCAAAAUAAAGCGAGGACGCCCUCCCUUGAAGUCAACACUGCAGACUAAUGUGGCCUGUACUAUGCCCAAGACUCCAAAUAGUGAGAAUAAGGCAGCCAGUAAACAUGUGAGAAACAGCCUGCCUGACAAUAACUUCUUGCCAAAUGGAUUAGAAGGAGCUGCACGGAGGAGGACGAGGAGGAGCUCCGGAAUGUACGAUUCUGAUAGAUGCUCUAAUGAUUCAUCAAUGUCGGAAAGCGAUUCAGAGGAGCCUAUUGAAAAGACGCCGGUAAAGGAGGUAAAGGAGGAGAUUUUACCAGAGGUUGAAAAGGAGUCUGAGCAGACGGAAAGCCUGGUUGAAACUGUUAUCGAGCAAGAAGCAGCUCCAGUUGUUUGUGCUGUAAAGGACCAGGAAACAAGCCCAGUAAACCCAGACGAGACCUUACAGCAAGAGGUAGAAGAAAGUGAACAAAUUGUUCAGAGUUACGGGAUGCAAACAGAACAAAUUGUUGAAGUCAAAGAGACAGAAAAUCUGCCAAAAAAAGGGAGAAGAAGCAAAACAAAAGAGCCUUGUGUGGAGGCCAUAAAAAGUGUUCCAGUUCCUACAGAGGACAGUGUGCUAGAACCCAAGAUAGAACCCAAAGUAGAACCUAAAGCAUUAGACUUUACAUCGUUUGCUUCCUUACAAUGUAAGGAGAUGUUCUUUAUUCCAAAGGAGUUGGAGCCUCCAAAUGAUCAACAGACGAAGGAGAAGAAAGGCUGUAAAAGAAAACCAGUGGAACAAACUUCUCCCGAAAAGAAGCAGCGAACGGAGUGUGAGCCAGAGCUACCAAUUAUAACUGCAGAGGAGAAACCGGUAGAAAGCUGUGAGGCUCUGGAACCCAUCAGCAUAAUCAAGGAAGAGCAGGUCCAGGACACAAAUGAAGAAAUGCCCUCCUUAACAUCUGAGCUUGAACACGUACAGAGCACUAGGACUGAGGAUUAUGAAAUGCCACUCAGUGAAAUCACAGGGAUCUUGUAUAAGGAAGAGCAGGAGGAUAAUAUGCCCAUGAUUGGACCAGAAACACUUGUUUGUCAUGAAGUAGACUUGGAUGAUUUUGAUGAAAAGGACAAGGUGGAGGACAUGGUAAUAGUGAAGCCAGAAACGGACACACAGACUGUACUUGCCCCCACCCUGCAGCCAGCUAUUCUCCCCCCUCAUACUUAUUCUGAGCCUUCUCCCCUUGCACUGAGCCAUGAUGAGUCUCACAGCAUUAAGAGUGAGAGUGAUAUAACCAUUGAAGUGGACAGCGUGGCGGAAGAAUCACAAGAAGGCCUUUGUGAGAGUGAAUCGGCUAAUGGCUUUGAAGCCAGCACCACAUCUAGCAACUGCAGCAUAACAGCUCAAGAAGCCGAGAUGCGGGAUAAAGGCCAUAAACGAAUUAGUGAUGGCAACAUUGGCGCACUAGCAAAGAAACAGAAGCGUACACCAAAGCGAAUAAAUACUUCUUCAAAAACGGAGAAGAAUGGAAUAGGGCAAAGUAGUGACAGUGAGGAUCUCUCUGCUGUGGACAGCGCCAGUAAAUGUUCUCCAGCUAAGAUUGUAAAUGUCCCCAAGCCUCAGAAGAUUAUAAGAUCACCAGCAAGAGUCACAUCUCCGCAUACAAAAGAUCUGGACAAGGAUAAGCAUCGAGAGAAACACCAGCACUCCUCAAGAACGUACAAAUGGACGUUACAGCUCAGUGAAUUAGAUACCAUGACUGGAGCGGAGAAGAUUGUUUUUCUCCAAGAUAAGCUGCAAGAAAUCAGGAAAUAUUAUAUGUCUUUGAAAUCUGAAGUAGCCACGAUAGACAGGAGGCGGAAAAGGUUAAAAAAGAAAGAUCGGGAAGUAUCCAAUACAGGAGCAUCUAUGUCAUCUGCGUCUUCAGAGACUGGAAUGAGCCCAUCUUCGUCCUCUCCCCCACAGAACACACUUGCUCUCGAGUGCAGGUGAUAUGCGCACUCGGUUCCACCUCAGCAGUCUGCUGCCAUGGACACUUAUUUUUCCUUUCCCCCCCAACCACACAAAAGCACUCAAUCGGUUUGACAUUGCCAAGUAGUUUAUUUUUUAUUUUAUUUUAUUUUUUUCAAAGAUCUCCUCUGCUGGAUUGCUUUUUUUUUUUUUCCCAUUUCAUGUGUCUUUUUUUUUUUUUCUUUUUUUCUUAUUAAAUAAGAUUAUGAUUUAGGAAUAGGAGACUAGCAGUCAGCGUGCCACAAUGGCAUCCUAUUUUGUUCAACGCAAAGAAAUGACACAUUUUUUAAAAUAGACAAAUGUCUGAAUAAAAUUUCAAGGAGCUCCCAGAAUAAGGAAUUCUCCCCCCCCCCCCCCCUACCUUGUGCCCAGUACAAAAAGAAAAAUACCAAGUGCAUACAAUAAACAUCGGCAUGCUAUGACUGCAGCUGCACUUUACGACAAAGCUGCAAAGUUUAGCUCCGGAUGUAUUUUUCCAGGCUUUGUUUUCGGAAGCACUUGCAAUGUACAGAACUGCCAAAGUCCAAUGUAUUCAGCAGAGUGCCCAGUUUUAAAGCUGUAAGCAAGACAAAAUAAGUUGUGAAAGGGAAUGUAGUGGACUGAAAACUACAUGAAGAAAACUAGUCUUCCACUUUUUACAGGAAUUUAGAGCACAGCAUUAUGCAACUAUUUUAAAUGUUUAUUAAUGUUUACAGUGGAAUUGUGAAUACGUUUUCAGUGGACUAUCUUAUCCCUUGACAAAUCUAUUUUGUCUUUUUUUUCUAUGUAAUUUCAGAGUUUUUAUUUUGUUACAAAAAAGACAAAAAGAAAAUAUAUGACAACAGCGAAAUUAUUUAACAAGAUUUCUAAAGCUGAAUUUUUUUUGUGUAAAAUAAGGUAUUAACUUGCAACUUGUUAAAUAUAUUUAUUCAGACAUUGGAUGUUGUAUUUUUAUGUAUUUUUUAAAAUAUUAAUAAAUAAAUAAAAAAAAAUAAAAAAUAAAAUAAGAGAAGGGUCUUAGCUUAGUUCUCUCUUCCAAUACACCUGUAGCUCUUAGCCAGGUUUGAACAUUGUGAUUGCCAAAAAAACAGGAGUUACUCCUUAAAAAAAAAAAACAAUAUUUAUUAUUCUUUUUUUUUUGGGAGAAUCCAAUCCCUGUUUUGGCAAAAUAAAAAAUCUACUCUGUGCAAACCCGGGCUUAGCAUAAUUUACUGCGUUUUGCUUUACAACACUGAAAAUAAAUUUUCUGUAUUCUUUACUCAUUUUAAAACCUCCUUGCUCCUUCCCGUUUUCAGGUAGCCCUUCUUUUUUGUACAUUUAAUAUACUGCCAAACUAAUUUUUUCUAUCCAACAUGUUGAAGAAUUUUAUCUCCAAUUGUUGCGAUGCAGCAUUACAGCAAAGAAGCGUAUACACGAGGACUGUGGUUCAUUCCAUAGGCUAAUACAUUAUGUAAAUACUUCUUUCUGAAACCUGUAUAUUUAAGAGUUUUUUUGCAUAUACAUUAUGUACAAAAGUUUUUUUAUCAAUUUUUUUAUUCAUGUUUGUACAUUAAAAAGAGGGUUUGAACCCCUUCUUCUGUGUUUAAUAUGUGUAGAAUAAUGUAGAUUUCUCUCUAGAGCAAUGUUUUCCAACCAUUCAAACAAACCGUUGUCUUAGGCAUAACCCCCACUAUUCAUAUGGUCUGAAUAUCACUGUUUGUGUGAUUGAUACAUCAUGAAUGAUUGAUUACUUUUAUGUGUUUUUUUUAUUUCACCUUCACAAGAUCAGGCUAAAUUGUUGAGAGGCUCAGACUACGGCUGGGUUGUGCAAAGAACGGCGAUCAGGAAUGGUUCUAGACUGUAUAUCAGAAACUUGUUCACAAUCGCUGAUAAUCUGAGCAAAACACUAAAAUGGGUAAUAAUUGCUAAAAUAGAGAUUUUUUUUAUUUUUUCCCUUUUAUUUUGCUGCAUUGUGAACUUGUCUGAUUGUUUCCAGCACAGAUUAAUUUACCUUCUCAGCUGCCAGAGGGGUUAUACAGAAAGUACUCCUGUAAUAUGCACUUUUUCUGUUUUUCUUAAGCAACGCAGAGUUGUGUAUGUAAACAGCGCUCAUUGAAGAGCAUCAAUAAAGGCCAUGGU